AUGUCUAGUGAACGGAAAAAACCUGCAAAUGAUGACAGUUUAGUUCCCGAGAAGCCUCCGAAACUGCGAAAACAGAAUAGGCGUUUAGAAGAUAAAGAGAUAGGUGAAAAUCUCAUAAACGAGAGUGACGACAACUGUAGUAAUUUUGACGACGAUAUAGGCGAUCGAGGCGGCAAGGGGUGGAUACCUCAUCCGACAGGACACGAAGUGCUCGAAUAA